AAGGCGGAGGGGAAAAGUGAAGGUCAGCUCCCACCUGGGUCUGGAAAUUGCACCAUGGGUCUCACCAAGCAAUAUCUGCGCUACACAGCUAGUGCAUUGUUUGGAGUGAUUGCUAGCCAGAAAGGCAACAUCGUCUAUGUGACCCUGCGGGGCGAAAAGGGCCGCUAUGUGGCAGUGCCAGCUUGUGAGCAUGUCUUCAUCUGGGACACCCGGAAAGGCGAGAAGGUUCUCAUCCUUCAGGGUCUCAAGCAGGAGGUCACUUCUCUCUGCCCAUCCCCAGAUGGGUUGCACUUGGCUGUUGGAUAUGAGGAUGGAUCGAUCCGUGUCUUCAGCCUCCUAAGUGGUGAAGGGAAUGUCACUUUCAAUGGACAUAAGGCUGCAGUUAUGACUCUACAGUAUGAUCAGCUGGGAGGCAGACUGGUGUCUGGCUCAAAGGACACAGACGUCAUUGUGUGGGAUGUCAUCAACGAGAGUGGGUUGUACCGGCUGAGGGGGCACAAGGAUGCUGUCACGCAGGCGCUCUUCUUGAGAGAGAAGAACCUCCUGGUUACCAGUGGUAAAGACACCUUUGUGAAGUGGUGGGACUUGGAUACGCAGCACUGCUUCAAAACACUGGUUGGACACCGUACUGAGGUGUGGGGACUAGCCUUUGUGUCACAAGAGAAGCGUCUCAUCACUGGCGCUGCAGACAGUGAGCUCAGGGUGUGGAACAUUACCUACAUCCAGGAGCAGGCAACAGACCCUAAUGAGCCAGAAUCCAAGAAAAGCAAAGGGUCUCUAGCUAAAGCAGAAAAGACUUCUGAAGUGGAUGAGAUCUCAGACCUGGAUGAGACGCCGGAGGAGCGCCUCCUGAGGUGCAACAAAGCUGGCUCCAUCAUGCGGGAAGGAAGAGACCGAGUAGUUACUCUCGCCACUGACCGGACAGGCAGGAUCCUAGCCUGCCAUGGAACAGACUCUGUUCUGGAAGUAUUUUGUGUCCUUACUGAGGAUGAAAUUUGCAAGAAAAAGGAAAAGAAAAUGAGAAAAGCAAAGAAAAAAGCCAAACCGAAGUCUGAGGAGGAGGAAGAGGAGCCUGAAGGAAGCGUUGAGAUGAGUCUGCAAGAAGAGAUUCAGCGAGUCACUAGCAUCAAAGCUUCUGCUAAAAUCAAGUCGUUUGACUUGAUUCUGUCUCCGAAAGGAGAGCUGAAGGCCACCUUACUGCUCCAGAACAAUACCAUCGAGUCAUACAUCCUGAUCCCAUCAGCACAGGUCCCCCAAGUUGUCCGUGCAUCCAAGAUAACCAUUGGAGGUCACCGCAGUGAUGUCAGGACACUGGCUUUUAGCUCUGACAACAUUGCUGUCCUCUCAGCUGCUGCUGAAUCUGUUAAGAUCUGGAACAGGUCGACCCUGCAGUGUAUCCGGACUAUGGCGUGCGAGUAUGCGCUCUGCUCACUCUUUGUCCCGGGAGAUCGGCAGGUCAUCAUAGGAACUAAGACAGGGAAGCUGCAGCUGUAUGAUUUGGCCUCUGGGAGUCUGCUGGAGACACUUGCAGCGCACGAUGGGGCCCUGUGGUCCAUCUCCCUUUCACCAGACCAGCGUGGCUUUGUAACAGGAGGUGCUGAUAAAUGUGUCAAGUUUUGGGAUUUUGAGCUGGUGAAGGAUGAGAAUGGCACACAAAAGAGGCUCUCCAUGAAGCAGACACGCAUCUUGCAGCUGGAUGAGGACGUUCUCUGUGUGCGUUACAGCCCCAACCAGAAGCUGCUGGCCAUCUCCUUAUUGGAUUGCACUGUGAAAAUCUUCUACACAGACACGCUCAAGUUUUUCCUGUCUCUGUAUGGACACAAGCUGCCGGUGCUCUGUAUGGAUAUCUCCUAUGACGGGGCCUUAAUUGCAACUGGCUCUGCUGAUAGGAAUGUGAAGAUCUGGGGCUUGGACUUCGGCGACUGUCACCGGUCUCUUUUUGCUCAUGAUGACAGUGUGAUGACCCUCCAGUUUGUGCACAAGUCCCAUCUCUUCUUCACGGCCGGGAAGGACCACAAGAUUAAGCAGUGGGAUGCGGAUAAGUUUGAGCACAUCCAGACCCUGGAGGGACACCACCAGGAGGUGUGGUGCUUGGCACUCAGUCCAAGCGGAGACUACAUCGUGUCUUCAUCGCAUGAUAAAUCCCUCCGCCUUUGGGAAAGGACAAGGGAGCCACUCAUCCUGGAAGAGGAGAGGGAGAUGCAAAGGGAAGCUGAAUACGAGGAGAGCGUGGCUAAGGAAGAGCAGCCUGUGGUGGCUGGCGAGACCCAGGGAGAGACUGGAUUAGCAGGAAAGAAAACCAUUGAAACUGUCAAAGCGGCUGAGCGGAUCAUGGAAGCUAUCGAGCUGUACAGAGAAGAGACUGCAAAACUGAAGGAGCACCAGGCCAUAUGUAAAGCUGCUGGGAAAGAGGUUCCCCUUCCUGUCAACCCCAUCCUUCAGGCCUAUGGAAAUAUUUCACCCUCAGCAUAUGUGCUAGAAGUUUUCAAGAAAGUCAAGUCAAGUGAGCUGGAGGAGUCUCUGCUGGUGCUGCCCUUCUCGUAUGUGCCUGACCUGCUUGUGCUCUUUAAUGAGCACGUCCAGUGGGGCUCGGAGGUGGAACUCCUCUGCCGUGCGCUCCUCUUUCUGCUCAGGAUACACUUUGGGCGCAUCACAAGCAAUCAGCUGCUCGUGACAGUGAUAGAGAAUCUGAAGAAAACCACCAUUUCCAAAGUCAGUGAGGUCAGGGCACCAACUGCCGGAGUGCUGUGACUGGGUAGACCCCUCCAGUCAAAAAGAGGUCCUGGCUCACCACACUACUAGACAAUCUUGUCGCCUGUCCCAGAUCCUCCUCCAACUCCACUUCCUUGCUCACCACUUCGCCCUCAGGGUUGACUCUGCUGUCUGCUGCCUCCAGCGCCCUAGAAGUAUCCCUGGAGCUCUUGGGGAUGGAAAUGGGGUUGCCACCAAGGAUGGCAGGUCUUCGGCACCAGAGUGACAGUUUGCCUCCCUUGCCUUCUGGUAUGACUUUCUCAGCUCCUUGAUCUUAGCACAGCACUGAUGCGUGUCCCUUUCGUGCCACUUCUCCAACAAUCUGCCCGUAAGUAUCAAAGUUCCUACGGCUGGAGUGGAGCUGGGAUUGCACAGCCUCUUCUCCCCACAGACCCAGCAGAUCCAACAACCCCGGAGUACUUCAGGGGGGAACACAUUUACUGCGGGAAGCUGGCAUGGUCAGCUGGGAAGAUGUGAUGUAAGCUGUCCAUGCUGAGCAAACAGGAAGUGGAAUUUCAAAAAUUCCCAGGCCUUUAAAGGGGAAGUGGUGCAUGCCUGCGUACUUGGCUUCAGAGCAGUGGAGUUCAAACCGCUGACCAGAGCUGUCAUGAUGGGCAUUGUGGAACACCUCCUGGAGGCCACUUAGGGUGACAUAAGCAAUUGUGAUGUUCACACUGUGUCGCUCUAAUUUUGUUGCAAAAUCUGUGCAUCUCGUCCAAGUGGUUUUAUUAUGUUGGCAUAUCAGGAGAGUUAAAUCGGCAGGAGGAGAAUGUAAUGUGUACACCUCCACUGUUUUGCUGAUGAAAGCUGACUUUUGUCAACAAAACUAUUAGUGUACACAAGGCCUUAAACUGUAAUCUUUAGCUUUCAGCAUUAACACAUUAUGGAGAUGAAUGGGGCAGUUCACACCUCUUAGAGCUAUUGUUUUAGGCCCUCUGCCGACUCAGGAAGCCAACACAGCAUCAUUUAUACUCAGGUUACAUUUUGAAUGUUUUCUUUACAACCAUAAGGACCAGAACAUGUAGUUUAAAAAAAAAAAGUUCAGUUGUGGAGUUCAAAUCCACUGCAGGGAAGUGGAUAAUGCAGCAAAUUCUGUGGUUCUGUAUUAUGUAGGGCCCUGACUAUGCCACACACAUCAGCAGAUAGGGCAGCUGCUGCAAGCCUCAAACGGGCAUGUUGCAGGGUGGCUGCCACCCAAGCUCCAAGCCAGUUUGCUGCAGGGCAGUUGCCAUAUGCUGUGUGUAUGACUUUGCUUUUAAAAUGUAAGAUGAAAACUUUCCCCCUUUUUGGAGCAAAAUUCAUUACUACACUCAACCACAGCCGCUGAGCUGCUGCCUUUCUGGAAAGAGCAGCCCCACUAACACUGAAAGCAGAGAGAGCGGCAGAGCACAGACCCAGCUAGGAAAUAUUGUCUACCACCUGUCUAAAGCCUGGUGCUAGUUGCUCUGAAGUGCUAAAUCUACUUAUGUGUUAGGAAUCUGCUGUCAUUCCUCUACGUACUCUGUGCUACUGCCCUCACUCUCUUGCCUAGAAUUAGUUACAUUUUAAUCCUAUUAUUUCUAUGAUUGUGUUUUCUGUAGCCAGAUGUUUUAGAAUAUCAUUCCAAUAUGGAGGUGUGACGUUAUUGAUAUAAUCUGGGACCAUAUAGAUCAUUGGUGCAACCAAGGUCCUGUAGUGGCACCAAAUCUUGUAUAAAGGGGGUCAAAUGAGGUGUCUAAGACAAGGGAGACAUCCCA